GGCGCAAUGAAGUUUCUUUGACUCGCCGCGAUGACCGUCUCUAGCUUUCCUCUCGCGCAGCUAACAGCAUUCGUGCUCGCCGUCUUGCUUGCCUACCGCUUCGCCAAGACCAGGCGACAUGCACCCUUUCCACCGGGCCCUCAAGGCUGGCCGAUAAUCGGUAACGUCCUCGAUAUCCCCACCGAGUAUCAGUGGAAGACAUUUGCGAAGUGGGGCGAGAAAUGGGGAGACAUCAUGUCGGUCAACGUCCUCGGGCAGCGCAUGGUAAUCAUCAACUCUGCUCGCGUUGCUGUCGAGCUGCUCGACAGGAAGAGCUCUAUCUAUUCCGACCGUCCUCACAUGGUCAUGAUCGGCGAGAUUGUCGGCUGGACGCGCAUCGUCUCGCUGCACAACUACGGGCCUCGCUUUCGCGAGACGCGCCGCCUCCUAUCCCAGAUGCUCGGGAGUCGCGACAAAGUUGCUUGGCUAGCGCCGCUGCUGGAGGCGGAGGAACACCGGUUUUUGCUGCACGUGUUGAAAGACCCGGACAGCUUGGUCGCUCAGGUCCGAAAGGCUGCCGGGGCUAUCAUCUUGAUGCUGGCUUAUGGGUACGAGGUGAAAGACGGCGAAGACCCGUAUGUCGCUAUCGUCGAGAAGGCGAUGUCAGAGGUAUCAGCCGCCGCGACUCCUGCCGCGUUCCUCGUGGACUUCUUCCCGAUCUUACGCUACUUUCCACCGUGGUUGCCUGGAGGCGGGUGGAAGAAGAACAUUCCCGAGUAUACGAAGGACCUGGACGCAAUGUGUGAUAUACCCUAUCAGUUCGUGAAGCAGCACAUGGCAGUCGGCUCGUUCAUCCCCAAUUUCACUUCUCGCCUUCUGGAAGACAACCUGUCUGCUGAACGCGAACAACUUGUGAAGGAUGCUGCAUCUUCCUUCUAUGCAGGCGGCUCUGACACUACGGUCUCGACAAUCACAGGCUUCUUCCUAGCUAUGAUGUGCUAUCCCGACGUCCAGAAGCGGGCACAGGCGGAAAUUGACACGGUAAUCGGCUCAGACAGGCUGCCUGUUCUCGCCGACCGAGGUCGUCUCCCUUACCUGCAUGCAUUAUGCUUGGAACUCCUCCGGUGGAACCCCGUAGCUCCACUCGCUAUCCCACAUGUCCUCGCCCAGGAUGACGUCUACGCUGGCUAUUACCUUCCGAAGGGUACCACGGUGAUGGCCAAUGUCUGGAAACUCCUCCAUGAACCAGAGACAUACGCCAACCCAUUCAAUUUUGAUCCAAGCAGGUUUAUUUCCUCCGGAAAGAGGACGGCAGAGCAGGACCCGCGUUCGUAUGCAUAUGGUUUCGGUAGACGCAUUUGCCCAGGCAUGUAUCUUGCGGAUGCCACGGUCUUCCUCGCGGUCGCAAUGUCACUUGCAGUUUUCGAUAUCCGAAAGCCUGUGAUAGACGGCGUCGAGGUGCACCCCAACAUGGAGUUCACCAGCGGUGUCAUAAGUCACCCACCUCCUUUCAAAUGUUCCAUUGUACCUAGAUCCGCCAAGGCAGAAGCCCUGGUUAUCUCCACAGAAAUGAAGGCUUGAUGCUUUCGCAAGAGGACGACUCUGCCACUGUACCACCACUGACUAUGCAUGGUCUGGUUGUACCGUCUACCAUGACAGUACUAGUGUCAAUGAUUCUUCAAUACUGGUCGGCAUCAGUGCUGUUUCCGGUGAACAUGCGGGUUUGUAUGUACCUACAUGUUUUAUGCUAGACAACUGAAAACGCUACAAGUAUAUCCAAAUCCCACCUCUGCAUCUGCUGAUCUGGAGAGAUUGACAUUUGCGUUCACCGUGCCAGUGACCGUAUCCGAGAUUGCAUAAAUCCCGUUUGAUCCAUGUACUCACUAGGUUAGCCUAAGGCCCUGUGCGCCGUCGUUGUGCUUUUAGCCAUCUUAUCAAUCA